UACUUGUUGGUUUUNUUGUUUCAUUUAUAAGAGGGUAUAGGAGAAGAUGAGAGAGAACAUGCAUGUGCUCUAUCGGUGGUGAGGAAAUUUUGAUUUUGAGUUUGCAGAGUUUUUUGGAUGUCCCACUGGGAAACAAAGAAGUUUCAGAUAGUGGACCCAAUGGUAGGCGCCCUGAUAUUUCACUUCAAGUUCCUCCUAGACCUAUAGGGUUUGGGAGCACUAGUGGUGGAACAGUUCUGGACCAUUCUCAAAGUUUCAGCAAAGGGAUAUCAUCAUCAAGAGGCUUCUUGCGGGCCUUGAGCUUCAAAAGAAAAGGAAAUGUAAGGGAUGGAGAAAGAAGCAGCCUACUUAAUUCAGACCCCAAGACAACUGCAGACAGUUCUAAUAUGGCCUCCAUAUCUGAAAUUGCAUGGAAAAGAUGCACUUCUCUUCCUGUUACACCAGCAUCAAAUCUGUCUCCUUCAGUUGCUACACCCAUUUCUGCAAGGACAUAUAAUGAACAAACUAAGCCACAUGAAUCAGGAUUUUGUUUCGAACAUGCUAUCAAAGAAACUGAACAUUUGCCUCCACCAAAAAGGGAAAGAUGAAACUGAUCAGAUGUGAGAUUUUCAAUGAUGUAUUUUAGAAAGCAUGAAAUUUAAACUCAUGUUUAGUGCCUUCUAUAGCAUAUCUUAUUUUAUGAAUACAACACAAUAUGUCUGAAAUCAUUGUAACAAUUGAUGUUGUUGAGAUUGGUGGAAAAAGUGUAUUGGUUGUACAAUAAAUAUUAGGGAUUUUCAGCUUAAGUUCUUAUAAUAUGAGAAGAUAAGUUCAAAUAAGUUUCGAGGUUAGUUGCAUAUAACUGAUAGG